AUGUGUUCUUUCAUUAUCACUCAGUAUUGGCGCAAUGCCAAUGGCGGUUACUUGCAACUUUGUCGGGCUUCCGCCAUUGGUCCAGAACUACUCACUCGACAAUCUUACACAGGAGAAUCAUUUCCAUAUGGAACUUUCUGUUUGUACAAACCGUACGACAACUGUGACAUCUUGUGCGACCUACAAUUUUACGCGAAGAGAUUGGUUUUGGCCAAGAAUAAUAUUAAUAGCAUGCUCGAUCGAUUGGAAGUUAUCUUGUGCUGCUUUCGUGUGCUAUUUUACGAUUUUUUGGUACACUAUGAUGUUAUUAUUAUUGGUCUCGAUAGAUUUGAAGUUUCCUUGGAGUAUUGUCGGGCGCACUUUGAAAGUAGCUUUUCCCCUCUUUGUGAUGAUAUUUACAUUAGAUUUAAUCUGUCAGAACUUAUAUUUUGGUGUUGUCGAAUGCACUUUGAAAAUAGUCUUUGUUUACAUUAUGAUGCUAUUGUUAUUUGGUGCAGUCAGUUCGAACCGACAUUCUGGUGUUGGCAGAAACAUUUUAAGAGCAACUUGUUUCCACAUUACGUGGAGAUAUAUGUUGUAAAUGAUUCCAAUUUGGUUCGUGAUUUCAUACUUUCUCGUCUUCCUAUUUCAUCUCGCUCUCAAGCUAUAGCAUUCAGUACUUUGAGCACACUAUGGUCGCAAGGCCAGUAUGGAAGACGAGAAAGCUUUGAAACAUUUUCUCGCAAUUAUCAACCUAGAUUUGCUCUCAAAUAUUAUACACAGGACUCUGAUUUUCAUCGAAUAAUCAAUCGUACUCUUCGACAAGAUUCAAUUGAAAGGAUCUACCAUAUUCGAGCUGUUAUUAGUCAUACAAUCGAUUGUCUCAGACAAUCUUCAUUAUCAGAAGAAGACAGCGUUAUGUUAACACUCUUUCGUGGUCAGCAAAUAACCGUAUUUGAAUUGGACAAGCUCAGGCGCUGCAAAGGCGAAGUGGUAUCGAUCAGAAGUUUCUUUUCGACCACUUUUAGUGCUUCAGUUGCCGAUAUUUUUUCCGGCAAUGGAGCUAUCAAGGAUCGAUAUAUGGUCUCAGUCCGUUUCAAGAUUUAUUUGGAUACCAGCCAAUCAAUGCGACCCUAUCGCCUAAUCACUGAGAGCGCCGAAGAUGAGGUGCUUCUUUCACCCGGUACUAAAUUCGUGCUGAAGUCAUGUCGAAAACUCCACGAUAAUCCUCGAUCAUGGCUCAUAAAAAUGGUAGCGAUCCCAGAAAAACAACAAGAACAGCUCAGAUUAACUUAUGGAGAGACUUUUUUUUACGGCCAGAGGCCGGUCGUGGUAGUUCGUUUCUAA